GAUUGGAUCACGUUCGCCUAGGAGGAGGGAUUAGUUCGGCUCCGGCUGUCAAGAUUGGCAAAGAGCUGGCGCUGCUGCGCGCAGGUAAAGGGAACAAGCGACAAAUCAAAAAAAACAUUUGUUCUGGCAGUAAGAGGAAUGCAAUGGAAGGACUCUUCUGUGAACCGUACAUGGCAUAGAAUCGACCCAUACGUUCACGUUUCCUAAAACGCGCGGCAUCCUGAGCGCCUCGCAAGAAAACCCCCCUUCUGUGUCAACGUCUGGCGGCGGACGAGCAUUGUACGAGGAACUUCGACAGCUGCGUGUUUUCAAGCAAGCCAUCAACAAAGAAUGAAACCGUUCAAACGAGCUCUGGAAGAGGAGCGCCUCAGGGAGCACGAGCUCUCGUCGGCCAUGUCGGACAGCGAUGACUCCUCGCCCCUCGACCUGUCGGGCGGAGGGCUGUCGGGGAAGCGCCGUCGCCGUGGCAACCUGCCCAAAGAGGCGGUGCAGGUUCUCAGAAGUUGGCUCUACGAUCAUCGUUUCAACGCCUAUCCCUCUGAGCAAGAGAAGCUGAGCCUCUCGAGUCAGACCAACCUGUCUGUGUUGCAGAUCUGCAAUUGGUUCAUCAAUGCACGCCGGCGCCUACUCCCCGACCUGCUCCGCAAGGACGGUAAAGACCCAACCCAGUUCACCAUCUCCCGCCGAGUCGGCUGGAAGUCCGAAGGCCGCUCGCCGACCUCCCUGGGCGCGGCGAUGUCCCCGGGGAGUCCCUCGGCCCCGGCCCAACCUCGGCCGUCCGUGAUCCGUUCCGCCCCCACAUUAGACCUCAGCCUUCUGGGGAACACGGCGACCGCCAUCCUGACUGGCGGCGGCUACCCCGGGCGGGAAGGAGCGGUGCAGGCCCUGAUGAGGCUGGACACCCAGAGUUUGCUGAAGGAGGCGGAGGAGCGGGGACUCUGCGCCACGGUCAUCACCAGCACGGGGUCUGCCUCGAGCCCCCACAGCGGGCUCUUCAACACGCCUCCCCCCACGCCGCCGGAGCUGUUCCCCACCCAGGACUUCAGUGACCUGCGGCUUCUGGUGGACGCAGCCCUGCAGAGGGCAGCGGAGCAGGAGAACAUGAAGCGGCUCAUAGAGGGCCAGAUUAGGUCCGCUGUGAAGACGGAGCCCCUGGAGGCGCCGUGCGCCGACGGCGCCAUCGAGAUGAGCCCCACCCCUCCGCCAGAGGACCGCCAUCAAGUGAUGGAAGCCUCCCGAGUGCAGAGUCUCAUGGAGAAGGCCAUGGUCCUGACGGUCUCCUCUCCCGUCUCUGACCCCAUGAGGGCUGCAGUACCGGUGUCUGUAGUGGCAGCUCAAUGUCUAGAUUCUAUCCAUGUCUCUUCGCCAUGGCAGUCUCCUCUCUCGAUGGCCAAGGUCCCGUACAGCUCUGUGCAGAUGUCCAUAGUAGGAUCCACAAGCCCUCGUCAAUCUCCAAUUUCGCCCGCCCACCAAGGCAUCUCGAUGCCAGUGUCCACUCCCGUUUCAGAACAACCUCAUUCACAGAACCCCACCUCUACCCACUCUGUGGCCCCAGCUUCUGAGCCACUUACGACCUCAAACUCCAGUUUGGCUCCGGUCUCCACAACAUUUACUUAUAGUCCAUCUGGCCCCGCAGCUCGUAGUUCACCUUCUGGUGCUGAGCAAGUGCUUCACCAAGUCUCCAUCGGUUCUAGCCAGGCUUCCAGCCCAACUAUGGGUCUCAUUGGAGUCUCUCCUUCCUGCUCCCCCAUCCCGGCCUCCAAGAAAGUCCAUAACUCGUCGUUCCACCAAUCCCCAUUAAUCCAGGUCAGGGUUCCAAGCCCCUCACCCGGCAGAACCCUGUCCUCGCCUGCGUCUCCCGGCCACACCCCAGUGUCUGCCUCAGGCCAAGCCCCCAUGCGUCCGCCCUCCUCCUCCACCCCGGCCUCCUCACCCACCCAAGCUGUUACCCCAGCCCUGGGUCAGGUUCCCCAUCUCCCCACGACCUCCCAGGCCGCGCCCUACACUCUGACCAGCAGCACCCAGAGGAGUGCUGCGGCGGGGCCCAGUGUGUGGGGCGUCGUCCACGGUGACGCCAGGCAGCCCUCGCCCCACCCUGUGGUCAAGAGUGCCAUCCCCACCGUGUGGAACCCGCAGCACGGGCUGCGUGCAGUGAGUGAACCAGUGAACUGAAUAGGGAGACUGUUCUGUGGGUGGACGCGUGUGUGUACCUUACACAAGGACAGGGGCCCGAACUGUCAAAGACUGGCCAACGAUGUAUAUAGGAGAAUGUAACCACAUCAUUUGUUAGAUUAAGUAUUAGCUUGUAGGAGGAGAAGAACUGGAUUACAUUCUUGCAAUCUUGGAUGAAGAGAAGGGCGGUGCAAAAUAGUCAUGUUUUAAAGACUCUUUCCCGAGCAACAUUUUUUAGCAUUUUAAAUAGAACUCCUGAUGUAGGCAUUUGCUGUUUGGUGAAAACAUUUUAACGGCAGCCUUCCAAACCAACAUUCCAGAAAGCAAAAUGUAUUCAUUCAGUAUGCCAUUUUCCCGUUCUGUCUUCGCCCUUUCCAUGUUGUUUGAGUAAAGGGUUAAAGAGCUCUAAAAACCGUUAAAAAUGUAAAUGGGUUUAACUGCCAGCAUAGCCAGCCUCUUCAGGAGCAGUGCUGGACUGAAUUGAAUGUAUUAUGAAAUAGUAUUUGAUAACCUGCCAGGAGGCCUUUUUUUAUCAUUCCCCACCAGUCUUAAAGAAGAAAAGGCAGAUGUGAGUUUAUUCCAUGGGUCACAAAAGCAUCAUGCUCCACUAUAGCUGUGCACUUUAGAUAUUGUGUUUUUCAUUCGAUUUUUGGGGGGGGGGGCAGGCCCAAUUGUUCUGAUCAUUCCACCCAGCCCACCCUUCACCCUGUGAGAGCGGACGGGGAAGAGGAGACAUUGAUUGUACUGCAGUGGGUCUGGCUGCAUGAGAUGCCUCCGCUGCGCCUGUCCCCGUCUCGCUCUCUCUCCCCUCCUGCCAUCCUCUGAUGUCUUCCUAAGGCGGAACAGCGGCUGUCCGUUUGAUCCCAGGCCUACCGAUCCUCGCCCCUUACUCUCAGAAAUACCCCCCCCUUUAUGGAGGGCCCGGAUCAGAGCGUAUUCUGUGAUUUCAUUUUUAGCAUGAUGUCUUGGCAAACAGAAUUCUGAAAGAUGUACAAACAUACAUUUAUAUAUAUAUAUAUAUAUAUAU